AUGUUGCGUUUUCUCAGCCUUCUGAUUGUCGCCCUGGCGAGUGUCGCCCUUGGCCAGCAACAGCAACAAAAGACCAGCGGGUCGCCGACGAAUGGGUCGCCCCUUGAUCUUACCGCAAUCAGUGCGUCGGGCGGAAGCUCGACCUUUGAGUGCUGGCGACUGAAUGCCACCUUCAAGUCGCCUACGGGUGCGCAGACGGGCCCGGUGGGCGUGCCGCUCGGCAACCUCUCGGCGACGUCUUACUCGAUAAUCCCCGCCGGGUUCGACGGCGGCCUUCACAAUGCGCCCUCGUUUGUCCUCUUCGCUUCCGGCCUUGUCCACAUCACGUUGCCGAACUCCACCGACAGCAUCUGGAUCAACGGCGGCAAGAACGGACUCAUCAUCGCGGCCGACACGGCGGACGUCUCGAAGUACGGGCACCAGAUUACCGCUGUCGGCGACGAUGUUGCGAGCCUGCAGAUGCCGCUUGCCCCUGGCCGCGACUUCGAUUACGAGGUGCUUCACCACGGGCCCUGCAGAUAA